CUCUCUUUCUCUCUGGUAUCACUUCUCCCAUUCACCACCCCCAGCCCACUUCUCAAUCCUUCUCUCCUGCUAAAACUGAAACCAAACUCUCCAGUCCAAGACAGAGAGUCCCGGCGACCAGUCUCCACACAAUGGUGAAGCUCGCCACGGCUCGAGAGAGCCGGAUGUACGGGCCCCACCCGGUGCGCAACCGGUGGGAGUACAUCAACGCUGGCCUGUACGUCUUCGCCGCCAUCCUCCUCGUCUUUGGGUUCGUGGCCCAGCUCCCCCGGAGUGGUGAAGUUGAUGAGUUUGGUCUCGUGGUUAUCCUCAUCGGGUUGGUGCUGGUGGUGGCGGUGAACGUUCACGACCUCGUUGCCCACUUGGCCGGCAUUGACUACCGCUUCGAGCUCAUGGGUUUCGAUGUCCAAUUGGGCCUCGUCGAGUUUGCAGUGCCACUGGUUCAGACGAUAGGAUCCAUCCUUGUCUUUAUUGCGAUUCUUUUCCUCUUAAUCCAGGAAGUUAGAGGAUACAAUUAUCGUUUAGAAAAGCAUGCUCUCAACAUGCUGAUGGCCGGGCCAUUGCUAUGGGUGCUCGGUUCGAUCCACAAUGCCUGCCAGGUUUAUGAACGAUCUGAUAGCCACACCCAGAUUCUGCAAUCAGGCGUUCAUGUACCAUUCCUGAUGGGAAGCUUCUUAUUCUUGUUGGGUGGCAUUUUCAAUCGCCACGACAUCUUUGGCUCGAUGCAUCACAGCAUCAAGUUAAUGGCAAAGAGCUGGAUUUGGUUGAGCAUAUUUGGGAGCUUGCUAUUCCUGAUUGGAGGAAUACUGAAUGUGGUGAAGGUGUUCAAGAUGCAGCAAGCUGAUGGGCUGAGGCUGGAGAAGCUCCGAGGAGGGGCGCAGGAGAGACUUGUUAGGGACAGAGAAGGUAGGGUCCCCCUGAUAUUGGAGGACGAUAGGAGGCGGCGGCAGGUGGAGGAAGUGAGAGCCACCGAGCCGGUUCCCAGAGCCUGAGCACCCAUAACUUUGGUAUAAUUUCUCAUAUGCUGGCUAGCCCUUGCUUCCCUACCACUAAGCUCUCAUAGCUUAAGAUUUGGGUUGGCGAGGUGAUGGAAUUUGCCUGCAUGAGAUGGCCUAGUCUUUCAUACGUUCCUAAUGCAAAGUUUGAGGAUUAUGCCUUUCUUCAUUCCUAUGUGUGAAUGUUACAAAUUAUAUGAGUACCUUGCUUUGAUUUGUAUAAAGCCUAUUAGAUAUUAUAUUAGAUUACUUUAGAUUGUAAGAAUAUGUUGCUGUAACUUAGUUUGUAAGAAAAAACUCUGUUGUCAUGUUCAAGAGAAAGAGAUGCUUGUUAUGGACUCUGAAA